AUGAAGAGUUUUUGGUCGAACGAGUAUAAGACAUUAGACAGGAUAGUUAAGAUAAAUAUUAGAAAAGAUAUACGUAACUACAAUGAUAAUCUGGCACAAGUAGCUUUAGAAAACAACAAAUCUUUAAAAAUAGAUAUGAGGGGUAGGGAAACAAGUCGAUCUGCCACCAAAACUACUCAGGAUAACUCGGACAUCGUACACAGAGAGGAAGAGAAGGUGUUAAAGUUCUGCACAGACUUCUACGCAAAGUUAUAUAGCGUACCUCAUAACAUCAUACCUAUUAAUACACAAACAAAUGAUAACAUCCAAGCUCCUACAUACAUUAUAGCUCCACUUAUACACUAUAUUCUUAUAAUAAAGUUCUAG